AGGACAUGAAGGUACAGUGUGUUUCCCUUUGGCUUCUGGGCAUGACACUUAUCCUGUGCUCAGUGUGCAGUCGUGGUCUCAGGAAAUGUCUGAUUUCCAUGGACAUGCGCCAUCUAGAAAAGAGUUUCCAGGAGAUGAAAAGAGCCUUGCAAAACAAGGACACCUUUCAAAAUGUCACCAUCCUGUCCACAUUGGAGACUCUGCAGAGCACUAAGCCCACAGAUGUGUGCUGCAUGACUAACAACCUCCUGGCAUUCUACGUGGACAGGGUGUUCAAGGAUCAUCAGGAGUUGGAUCCCCAAAUUUUGAGAAAAGUCAGCAGCAUUGCCAACUCUUUCCUCUACAUACAGAAAACUCUGCAGGAAUGUCAGGUGCAGAGUCGGUGUCACUGUAGUCAGGAAGCCACCAAUGCAACCAGAAUCAUCCAUGACAACUACAAUCAGCUGGAGAUCCGUUCUGCUGCCAUUAAGUCACUGGGAGAGCUUGACAUCUUUUUAGCCUGGAUUGACAAGAAUCACCAAAAAACUUCCGGUGCUUGA